AUGGUGGAAAGUAAAAUAGAGAAAGGAUCUAUCAGCAACAAUGAAGACGAAAAGGACCUCCAAGUCGGCACCAUCGCAAACCUCGACGAGGGUGGAGCCUUUCUUCAUGAGCACGGCUUCACUCAAGACACUAUCCAGGGACUUCUGAAUGAUGAAGGGCGAAACAAGUCACUGGUGCGCAAGGUUGACCUUGUCCUGCUCCCACUGCUUGCAGGGACUUAUGUCCUGCAGUAUAUCGACAAGUCAGCCCUGGCCUACUCCGCCGUCUUCGAUCUAUUCACGUCAACCCACAUGUCCAGUAAUCAGUACAGUUGGCUAGCCAGUAUCUUCUACCUAGCAUAUCUGGUUGCCGAGUAUCCCUGGAAUAUUCUUGCACAGAAGACAAAACUUGCCAAAGUGGUUUCGGGCAACGUUGUCGCUUGGGGCUCCAUGCUGAUGAUAACUGCUGCUUGCUCCUCAUUCACUGGUAUGGCGAUUUGCCGUUUCCUGCUGGGUAUCUUCGAAGCCCCUAUUACACCCUGCUUCAUGAUGAUAGUCGGCAUGUGGUAUACCCGCGAUCAACAACCUUUCCGUGCAGGCAUCUUCUAUAGCUGCAACGGACUGGGUGCAAUCAUUGGUGGUAUCCUGACUUUCGGCAUUGGCCAAAUCCACACUAUCGCAGUAUGGAGAGCCAUUUACCUCAUUCUGGGAGGUGUCACCGUGGCCUGGGGAGUCGUCAUGUUCCUCUUCCUCCCAGACGAUAUCAUCUCUGCAAAGCGUUUCAACCUCGAAGACAAGGCUCUCUUGAUCAGCCGCAGUCGUCUCGGCAGAACCGGUGUUAUCAACCACCAAAUCAAGUGGUAUCAAAUUCGAGAGGCCUUAAUUGACCCCCAAGUCUGGAUCUUGUUCUUUUUCACCCUUUGCAAUGAGAUCAUUAAUGGUGGCAUUGCCAGCUUUGGUAAACUCAUCAUCAGAGGCUUGACUAAUGAUUCUCUCAAGACGUGUGCACUGGGAAUACCAUUAGGCGCAUUUCAAGUCUUUUAUAUUCUGAGUGGAACGUUCCUCGCGUCACGCUUUCGCAAUUUUCGCACCAUCAUCAUGCCAGUUUACCUGAUCCCCACAAUCAUCGGUACAUGCUUGAUGUGGAAACUAUCCCACAAAACCAACAAGGUAGGCGUGCUAUUCGGAUAUUAUAUCGUCGGCGCAUAUGUAUGUUCUCUGGUGCUAUCGCUGCAGAUGCCGGCAACGAAUCUGGGAGGCUAUACGAAGCGAUCUACCGGUGUGGCUCUGGUUUUUUUGGCUUAUUGUGUCGGCAAUAUUAUUGGCCCUCACGCAUUUUUGGCUAGGGAGGCGCCUCUGUACCAGACGGGCUGCAAAGUCAUUCUUGCCUGUGCGUCUGCUCAAGUUGUCCUGGCUAUUUUUCUGCGGCUGCUGCUGAUUCGUCGGAAUAAGAGGAGAGAUGCGCAGGCUGCUGCGAAUCAUGGAGGGGCUGGACCUCAGUCGGAGUAUGACGAGCUUGCUGAUCUGACCGACUUUGAGGUGAGAAUUGCUCGAGCGAAAGUCCCCAUCGGAAAUAUGCUGACAUGUUGA